GAAUCUUUUGGCUUUUCAAAUGGCGUCGUGGUCGAAAAAGAAAGAAGUUGCCGCGCAUGCGCAGUAGCGAAUCUACGGACUUGUUCUUUGUGCGAGUCUGCCAUUACGUUGUUGCUUGCGUCAAAGUAUUUGUUGCAUAAAACUAUCUUUAGCCAGCGUCUGGUUGGUAUAAUUUGGUUGUAAUUAUAAUAAAAAUGGAAGUGACUUCGUCACAAAAUGGUUUCAACAGCGAAUCUCCUCAAAAUCACAAAAGCAACAAGACCAGGGAACAUAAAAAAAAGAAAAAGUAUGUCUUGGGUUCGGAUGGUAAACCGAAGCUUGGACCAGACGGUCGACCGAUAAGAAUCAAAUCGGAACAUAAACUUAAGAAACAAAUCAAUCAUACUGGAGACGCAAUUCAAAUCAAAAAAGAAAAACCAGAAAUAGUUUCUCCAAAAGCCGAAAAAAGAAGAUCGGAUUGUGAGGCGGUUGAAAAACUCAAAAAGAAAAUAAAGAAAGAGAAACACGCUGAAAAAAGAAAACACGAUUCUGACCAAGAAAUUCGACAGAAAAAGCUGUUUCAGAAGAAAAUUGUGAAACAAGAAAUUGAAAGCCCAACAAAAGUGAAGAAAGAGAAGAAAGAAGAAGGAGAUGAUAAAUGGAAAUGGUGGGAAGAGAAAGGGAAUGAAAAAGAUAGCGGAAUUAAAUGGAAGUUUCUUGAACAUAAGGGACCUGUGUUUGCUCCUCCGUAUGAACCAUUGCCGUCAUCUGUAUUGUUUAAGUACGACGGUAAACCAAUGAAGUUAAGUUUAGAGGCCGAGGAAGUGAUGACGUUUUACGCUAAAAUGCUAGAUCACGAAUAUNAAACCCAACACAUCCUAAUAAAUGAAACAUCAUACAUAUAAUGAAACUUGCAGGUGAUGAAUAAACAGGAACGUUCAACAAUCACAGACCUCGGGAAAUGUAAUUUUCGAGAUGUUUGUUCGUAUUUUCAACAAAAGUCAGAAGAGAGAAAAGCGAGGUCUAAGGAGGAGAAACAAGAGGAAAAAAAGAAGAACGAAGCUUUGAUCGAAGAGUUUGGGUUUUGCGAUUGGGACGGACAUCGUGAGAAGAUCGGAAACUUUCGGUUGGAACCCCCAGGGUUAUUUAGGGGGCGGGGGAAUCACCCAAAGAUGGGUAAACUGAAGAAACGGAUUAUUCCCGAGAAUAUUACAAUAAACUGCAGCAAAAACUCCAAGAUACCAAAGCCACCCGCUGGUCAUAAGUGGAAGGAAGUUCGUCAUGACAACGCUGUGACGUGGUUAGUGUCGUGGACCGAGAAUGUUCAGAACCAGAAUAAAUACAUCAUGUUAAACCCCAGCUCCAGAGUCAAGGGAGAAAAAGAUUGGCAGAAAUACGAAGUAGCACGUAAUUUGAAAUCCAAAGUUGAUCGUAUACGUGAGGAUUAUAUGAGAGAUUUGAAAAGCGACGAGAUGAUGGUUCGGCAACGUGCUGUCGCGUUGUAUUUUAUUGAUAAAUUGGCGUUGAGAGCAGGCAAUGAGAAAGAGGACGGAGAGUCAGCUGACACGGUCGGUUGCUGUUCGCUUAGGUGCGAACAUAUCAAACUUCAUAAACACCUGGAUGGGAAAGACUUCAUUGUCGAGUUUGAUUUCUUGGGAAAAGAUUCGAUUCGAUAUUAUAAUAAAGUGCCUGUGCUUAAACAGGUUUUCAAGAACCUCGUUUUAUUCACGGAAAACAAAGAAGGACCCGAUGAUUUGUUCGAUCGCUUGAAUACAUCCACGUUGAACAAAUACCUCAAUUCGCUCAUGGAUGGGUUGACGGCCAAAGUUUUCCGAACUUACAACGCUUCAAUUACUUUGCUAAACCAACUGCUGGAACUAACUGAUCCCGAUGACGAAAACGUUGCAUCGAAAAUCUUGUCGUACAAUCGUGCCAACCGUGCUGUGGCAGUUUUGUGCAACCAUCAGCGUGCGGCACCAAAGAACUUUAGCGAACAAAUGGGAAGAAUGAAUGAAAAGAUUGAAAAGAAACAGCGGGACAUUCAAGAUGCAAAGCAAGAAACAAAAAGCGCAAAAUCUGAUUAUAAACAUAAUAAAAGUGAAGCAAAGAGAAAAGCUUACGAAGGAAAAAAGAAAAAAGUUGAAAGAUUGCAGGAACAACUAAUUAAACUGGAAGUUCAAGCUACGGAUAAAGAGGAAAACAAAGAGAUUGCUUUAGGAACUUCAAAACUAAAUUAUCUUGACCCAAGGAUUACUGUUGCGUGGUGCAAAAAGUACAGCGUCCCGAUUGAGAAAUGCUACAACAAAACUCAACGCGAUAAAUUUGCGUGGGCGAUCGCUAUGGUUGACGACACAUAUGUGUUUUAGUGUGACGUCAAAAUAAAGUUUAUUUGCAGCAUUUUACGUCACAAUGCAUUUUAAUAUUGCAACAAUGGUUUUGUUGUUUUAAAGGAAUUUACUUUAAAUUAAUUACGUAUGAUGUCAUAAUGAACAAAACAAUAUUAUGACAUCACAAAGUUGUUGCUUUUGGAAUAUUUUAUUAACUGUUUUAACCUUGUGAUGCAAUAGUGGGGUAUUGUCACAAUCAUUUUACGAUUGUUAUGAACAGUGACGUAACAAUAGGCAAUUAUCCGUGGUCCUGUAUAUAAAUACAAUUGUGAUCUUAUAGUAA